GAGGCUGCCAACCGCAAAAAGCCUCAAUUCACGAGUUUGUGGGCUGGAGGGGGCACCUCGAGGCUCAAACCUGACUUCCACUCAGUGUCUACCUGCGUGUUGGAGGAAUGAUUUCAAGCGACUACGUCCUAGAAUUGUCAAAUGUGUUCUACUCGGGACAGGUCGAGCCGGGGUCCUGCAUGCAGAGACUGCUGGGGAGCAUCAAAACCGGGGUGAUCCUCAAAGACGUCUCCAUGAAGGUGCACUCGGGGGAGGUUUUGGCCGUUUUGGGGUCCAAAGGGAGCGGGAAAAAGGCCCUUCUGGAUGUUAUUUCGCGACGGGUUCAAGGGCCCACCCGAGGGCAAAUUCUACUCAACAAUCAUCCAAUGAAUUUGAGCCUUUUUCAGCAAAGGUGUGGGUAUGUGACCCACAAGUGCGAUCUUAUUCCGGGCCUGACGGUCGAGCAAACCCUUUAUUACACACCAACGAAGCUGACUGGAUAUUUGAAAAAGUCCAAAGUGAAGCAAGUGAUGGCCGAUUUGGCUCUGAGUCAAGUGGCCAAUCGCUGCACGGAAAACCUGACUCAGAGCGAGUACCGCCGCCUCAUGAUCGGGAUCCAGCUGAUCAAAGAUCCCGUAAUCCUGCUCCUGGACGAACCCACUUGGGAUCUGGAUCCUUUGAACACCUAUCUCGUCGUUUCCAUCCUCUCCAACGCUUCGAAAAAAUACGGAACGGCCAUAAUCCUCACAAUGGAGAAGCCCCGUUCCGACGUGUUCCCUUUUUUGGAACGAGUACUUUAUUUAUGCCUCGGAGACGUCGUCUACACUGGAGGUACUCGUCAAAUGCUGGAAUAUUUCACCGCAAUCGGUUUUCCAUGCCCACAACUCGAAAACCCGCUCAUGUACUACCUAUGUCUGAGCACAGUUGACAGGAGAUCAAGGGAACGCUUCGUGGAGAGCAACCACCAAAUUGCUGCUUUGGUCGAAAAAUUCAAAAUUGAGGGCGCGGCAUACCGGAAAGGGUCAAUCACCGGCCCUAACCAUAAUCUAGACGGCGGGUUGGGCCAUGGGAACAAAGUACCAUUGCUCCUGGGCCGGCCUGGGGCCUGGCAAGUCGGAUGGACCAUCUACAGUCGCUUGUUGGUGGCCACCCUCAGUAUCCAGAAAGCCGGCCUACUGCGACUAUUCCUCCGCCUGUUUUUCGUUCCUUUGUUUUUCUUCUUUUUGUGGUUGUUUUACCGCGACAUGCAGAUGUUUCAACACACUUUUGUCACCAGGACCGGCUUGAUUCUCAAUUGUUUGUGUGGUGCCUACUUUUUGGGAAUCCUAAACUCGAUUUUUCUAUAUCCGGUUUUUCGCACCCGGUACUUCCAAGAAUCGCAAGAGGGGCUCUACGGGGGCGCCCUUUUCCUUAUAACUUACAAUCUAGUCUCCAUUCCGUUUUCUUUUGUUUCCGUGGCUGCGGCUAGUGCAAUCCUGUAUCCCUUGAUUGGGGGCUUCGAGGACCCUACUCAGUACCUGUACUUCGCUCUGGUGCUAUGGGCGUGCUACAUCUUCGCCGAACAGCAAACCAUGGCCAUCUUGAUGGUGGUCAAGAGUCACCUAUCCGCCGCCAUCUUUAGCAUUUACAUCACUUGUAUUUGCAUUACGUUAAGUUCGGGAAUUUUGAGGUCGAUCAAAGGGUUGCAACAAUGGUUGUACUACUUGACGUAUGCGACUCAAGUCCGGUACGCUUCUGCUUUUCUCAAUCGACAGACUUUUUUAAUCCCGGAACUGCUCGAAACGCUUCCCUACGACUUGAAACACAAUUGUACCAACAUGAAUUUGAUCGAAACGGCGGCUUCGAGCAGUUCCGGGUUUUGUAGGUACUCAAAUGGGCAGGAGUUUCUGGUCGAGAGGUACUCACGGGACAAGACUGACGUCAUUUUCAGUGAUGGGAUCCUCGACUUUGAUAUGAAUAUUGGGAUUACGUUCGCGUUCGCGCUUGGGAUGGUCGUUUUCAACUUGUUUUUGUAUUUAAUCCCACUUCCGGCCUUCGUCAAGGCUAAGUUUCGCGAAUAAAACAAAGUAUUUUUUUGUUAAA